UAUUCGUGUUGACGUUUUGACAACUCGCCGUUUCUUAAACAGACAGCAGUUAAUUGUUUAUAUUCUUUAUAUUCGCGUUUCCAGUCAAUCCAUAUUACCAUAUUAACAGUUUUAUACUUUCAUCUUACGCAACGGCAAACAGUUUACGCAAAAUUUUUAAAAGAAUUAAUUGCCGAAAAUCCGUUCUCUGUUUACUAAUGUGAGAAGUUGUCUAGGCAGUGAAUGUGAAAUCUUUAACCUUGAAGAUUUUUUUUUUGUUCCAUUUGAUUGUUAAUUGAUAACAAAUCGACGUCAUAAGUGUUCUUCUCAGCAGACUGCUGACUGCAAAUAUGUUAGGCGACGAGGUGUUGGCUCAGUUGACGGAGAUGUUCGGCGAGUACAUUGACCAGAAUCGGAUACAAAAAGCGGUCCAACAAUACAACGAUCUCGAAGCUUGCAUUGAAGCAUUGCUUACGGAUCAGGAAGAAUUGGAUCUAAAGCCUGCCCAAACAGAGACCUCACGGCCACAGGAUUGGUAUCCUUCAAACGCUAUAGAACAAAUAUCAACUGGAGCUAUCAAAAAAGUUGUUCCUCAGCCGUCAAACCCCGCUGAUGAUGAAACGAUAAGUUUUGCAACUUAUCUUCAGAAGGGAAAUCAAAGUUUUGGAUUCGGGACACCUCAGCCACAGCGACCAACAUCAAAUAAUACUAACCGCCGAACGGAUCACUUCCCUGCCAAAUUCGCAUCGAUAAUUGAUUCUAUUAACAAAGGCUAUCGGGUGAUGGUUCUAUUGCGUGGUGCCCCUGGUUCAGGCAAAUCUUAUCUCUCACGAGCACUUAUCGAUAAAACCAUUGGUAACAAAGAUUAUAGAAACCAUAUCUUCAGUACGGAUAAUUUUUUUAUGGUUAAUGGGUUAUACAAAUAUCAAGUGGAUCGCCUGGAGGAAGCCCAUCGCUUCAAUCAAAAUAAUGUUCGCGCGAAAGCCCGGGAUGGUUGGAGUCCAAUUGUGGUGGACAAUACUAAUAUUAGAUUGUGGGAGAUGCACGCCUACGUUCAGAUAGCUGCUGAACACGGUUACAUGCUGGAGGUACUGGAACCAGUUACGCACUGGCGUUAUAAUCCCAAGGGCCUGGCAGCGCGCAAUACCCAUGGCGUCCCGGAGCAGAAGAUCCGCAACAUUCUUGGUAACUAUGAGAAGUUGUCGAACACUGAAGAACUGUACAGACAGUGUAAUUUGGAACGCGCCUUACAUCUACCUCCGAAGAUGAGACAUUUUCCUAUAGUCCAAACUGAUUUGCUUGAACAAACUGACGGGAAUCGAAAUUCGCCCCAGGAAAAUUCAUCAAAUGCGGCACAGCCAGAUUCAAAUGCAAAAGAUUGGUUUAGCACAGAUUGGGAAGAAUCAAGAGAUGGCUCAGCGUUCGCACAGCAAACUAGUAGUCAGUCGGUCCUGCACACGGACAUUCCCGUUCCGAAACCGCCUCGUCAGACGCCGAAGCACAUGUAUGCAUCAACCACGACUAUCAACGAUAACGGUUCGUGUGAUGCCCUGCUUGUACAAUCCGAAGCCGGAGAAGAAACCCAGUGGUGUUGGCCAUCAGAAAACUGUUGGAAACCGGAUAUCGAAGAUUCCUCUAGUUCAAACACCGAAAAUCGAAACGUAACAACAAACGGUGCAAGUUCACCUGUGACACCAAGAAAGAAGCGAGCACCGCCCACUCCAGAUCAGGCGUCUUUUCUGCUCUCGAACGUAUCAAUUCCCGUCGAAUGGCGAACUCCUGAUGGUUCUACCGGAGCAACCCCACAGAAGCGCAGUGAGCGAAAAAAAUUCGAUCAAAAAAGAAUAGCGUUAGUUCGACAUAGGCGUGGUUGCCAGAAUGAGAACACAAGUUUUUCAGAAAUUUGUAACCUAUAUCCACAGAUUCCUGCUCAAUUGUUAUGGGAUUUGUUUGAGAAAUGCAACGGCGACGGCGAUUGGACAGCAAAUCUGCUACUGGAGGAGCAAAAAAUGUACGAAUUCGAAAGUGAACAGGGGGAAACAGCAAAUCCGGCAUUAUUGGAAGCCAAUCAUUUUGAUUGUGAUUGUAAUGAGCCCCUAGCCACCCAGGUGUCUUCUAGUAAUAAUGCCACUGAUCGGUCAAUGAUCAGUUCCAGCUCUCCACGAAAUACAAUAAGGAAGAAAGACAGAGUUCUAACAGAAGACCUACAACAGACAAAAAAGCAAUUAGAAUCGUUUAUAGUGCUCGGGAAGGAACAUUACUCCGAUCACAUCCAACAGAUUCGAGCCGCGAAAGGAAUCAUUAGUAAAGAGGAAAUCACUCGGCUCUUGACAGAACCCGAACGAGCGGCUGUAGUGGAAGCAAAUAAAUCCGAUCCAGAAGUUCUGGAAGUUACCUUAGGAAUAGAUCUGAUAAAACAGCUGCACGAGGUAUUCCGGCAGAAAUAUUCUUCCAAAUCAUUCGAUAUAGAAGAAAUAACUUUGGAACAGACAAUGGUCUUCAUGGCUACAGAAGUGGCGGAACAUUUGUACAAUUCUUUCUUAGAUUCUGUGUACAGUAGAAGAGAGGAGAAAAAACUUCUUGAAUUCAAAAAAGACGCUCAGGUCGCAAGACAGCUGGAAGCCAAGCAAAAAUAUCCUGCCUUAUUCAAUGAAAGGCUAGAAAAUUCGGAUUCCGCCAAUCUGAACGACAUUAUCGAAAUGGAAUACGCUUUAUCGGCUUACCGAAAUGAAGUGAACGAUUGGAUAAAACAGGUCCCACAAGACCUAGCUUCACAGAUGACUCGCCAAAAGCUACAGGAAAUGUUCCCCUUGGUCGAGCAAAGUGUUCUGACGGAAAUCCUUCACGCGCACGAUAACAAAUUUCACGAUACGGUAAAGGUGCUCAAUAAUUCAAUUCCCGAGCACCUUCGCAAUCAAAUUGCCCAUGAGCGGAAAGCACUGUUACAGCAUGCCGAAAUUGAAAAACAAAAACCUACGGCAUCUCAUCCCUUGCCAUCAUCCUGUCCAAUAAUUGUCGAGCAAGACCAAAGCGGGCGAAUCACUGGGGAAGAUGCCAUCAACUUGCACUUAAAAACAGCUGAAGAGUGUCGUAAUCUAGCGCAGCACCACCAGGAACUGAAAAACGAGUGCCACGAGAAAGCGCGCAGCGCAAUUCAACGUGGCAUGGCCGGUGUAGCCGAGUACUAUGCACAAAUUGCACGACUUCAUCGUACCAAAAUUGAUAUGUUCAACAGCAAGGCGUCGAACGCGAUUAUGGAGGUGCAUAAAUUGACACUGAACAACGAAGACGUACUGGAUCUGCACUAUCUACACUCGGAAGAAGCGCUACGCUGUUUGGAAAUCUUUCUGGCGGAACAGGCUAGCCGAUUAAGGAACCGUCAGCAACAGUACAAGGAACUGUUCAUCAUCACUGGCCGGGGGUUGCACUCGGCCGAUGGGAUUCCAAUCAUCAAGCACCGGGUAAAAGCGAUGCUGCGAGAUUUAUCAUUGAGAUGUGUGGAAAUUAAUCCCGGAUUUUUGAAGAUCAAACUGUACAACAAUGAGAUGUUGGAACGUCUUAUGCACUCUCAGUGCUAGUAGUAUUGCCAUUAAACCGACCGUCCAAGUUGCGACCAUUAAAAACAGUAAGUUAAAUUUUUAUGACCUCACAAAAAUGGAAUCGCUCUAUUCGGCUUUCCGAGUUUCAAUUUAAAAUACCUGACGCUCUUCAUGAAGCAGUACCUGAUUUCUGAUCCGACCAUAUCUGAUUGGAUUUUUCACUAAUCAUUUACUUAGCUUUCGUGAUGAAACAUUUCGUUCUGUAUAUAAUGUAGAAUUUAUUAGUAGUUUCCAAACAAGAAAAAAACAGUCGUAAAAAUAAAGUCUGUUGAGUUUUACAGUUGAAAAAACAACAA